AUCAAGACACGAUGUACAAUGGAGAAUAUGUCCUGGUCUAUCCUGAUGGCUCUCAGGUUCAAAAUAUACCAGGCACAGACAGACCUUUUGUCCUUGAACAUUAUAAAGAGGCCAUUGGAAAAGCUUACCAGAGGAUCGUACUGUACAUCUGCCCCCUUCAGGAUUUGAGUCAUGGAGAUGACUCAUCUUCAGAAUCCGAUGAUGAAGCAUUUGCUAGGCUUCCAAUGAAAAUGUCACCAAAACAAUGUCCACCAACAAUGUCCAGGGCAUCUGAUGGGCAAGCCAACGGAGCAGGAGCAGGACCCAAAAACACCACAUCAUGUGACUUCUACAACACAUAUACCAAGAUCUAUGCACCAGUUGUCAUUGACAGCAGUUGCUCUGAUGUUGAGGAAGUAGAGAAUUUUCAGGAGGAAGACAGAGACGCAGAUAUUGGACUGACGGCUGCAGACAUUCUGUCAAAUCUGUCACACAACAUAAACACAAAAAGCUGUAGCAGGUUAAAUAUAAACCGUGCUAAUGUCUGGGAUGGUGCUCUGAGGGGAUUCAAACGUUCCUCAUUUGACCCCACCUGUAGCCUUUUGGUCAAAUUCACUGAUGACAUCGGGCAAACAGAGGCUUCGAUUUUUUGA